CUUUGGUUCUGAUGAUUUGUUUCCGGAUGUUUCUCUGGUGUCUGGAGCAAGAAUGGCUGCGAUGUUUACGUGUUGUCUAGGCUGCUGCGGAGAUGGCGGAACAGGGCAUAUACCCCUAAAAGAAAUGCCUACUGUUCAGUUAGACACUCACCACAUGGGCACAGAUGUUGUCAUUGUGAAGAGCGGCCGGAGGAUAUGUGGCACUGGAGGCUGUCUGGCCAACGCUCCUCUGCACCAGAACAAAAGUUAUUUUGAGUUUAAGAUCCAGUCAACUGGUGUAUGGGGAAUAGGUGUGGCUACACAGAAAGUGAAUCUUAAUCAAGUGCCUAUGGGCAGAGACACAAACAGCUUAGUCCUGAGGCAUGAUGGGUCUGUGUACCACAAUAACGAAGAGAAGAAUCGCCUACCUGCAAACAGCCUGCCUCAGGAGGGAGACAUUGUGGGCAUCACAUACGACCAUGUGGAGCUGAAUUUAUAUCUGAAUGGAAAGAACAUGCAUUGUCCUGCCUCAGGGAUCCGAGGCACUGUGUUCCCCGUUGUUUAUGUGGACGACAGUGCCAUCUUAGACUGCCAGUUUAGUGACUUCUACCACACCGCUCCCCAAGGAUUUGAGAAGAUCCUCUUUGAACAACAAAUCUUCUGAAGGAGCACCUCAGCCUCAGCCCCCUCUUUAAGUUCUCCCCUACCUCCCCGAUAUCACAUUGCAACCUCUGUGACACUACAGUUUGACCUUGAUUGGAUAACAUUAUGUGUGGCUUCAACGUCUCUUCUUUUGUUUUCCCCCUAUUACUCUGUCACUCUGCUGAUGCUCUGGGUUGACGUUGGAGUAUCCCUGAAGGAGUGGGAAUUUCUGAUCAUUGGGUGGCUCUGAUUAUGCUGAUGAUUAUCUGUUAAAUAAUUUCCUCGUGUCAGUGGUAAUCACCCUGUAUUAACUGAAACACUCUUACUUGCUGCUUAAAUUCUGAAUCUGUGUGUAGAUGCUGAAACAGUGGAUGUAAUGGUAAAAUGUUCC